AUGGCACAACCACCUUGCCCCGACUGCUCCAAGUUGGACGUGACGUGGCGGAAACACGCACAUGCCGCAGAAAUCAAGAAAUGCCCGAGAUGCCGAUCUGUGUUUGCAAAAGUCUUUCAAAUCCCCGAUCUAUGGUGGAAAAAGGCGUGCAAAAGAUCCAAUGGGUAUUUUGGAUGCGAGGAAACUAUGGAUGACCAAGGAAAAAUAACCGGCUUCAUCACAUGGGCCCGCUUCCUGGUCAAGCAGCAUCUUCCCAAUGUUGGCAGUGGUGCUAGCGAUGUUAGCAGCAAGAAUUACGUGUGGUACAAGUUGAAUAUGCUGACUUACUGGCUGCCUUCGACCAGACAAACAAUCAUGUUUGUAUUUGACGCGCCUGCAGUAAUCGCUGACCAGUUGCCCGCGCUGGUCGGCGAUCCUCAUCCGAAUCAAUUGGGAGAUCCCUUCUGGAUUUAUGACUCAGUGGUAGAUAUGAUUACCACUCUCCAAGACGAGGCCGUGUGGGCGAUCCGCGACCAGGUCAGACACACAGAGACUUCGCGCGUCUCACCGAUAAAGCCACAACCAAAGUAUCUAUAUCUCCACGAAAUUUGCAGGCAUGCGAUUCAUGUUUCGGAGACUCUAAAUGUUGCGACCAAGACUAUUGAGGUGAUUCUGUCAGAGCAUAAGAGCUUUAUGGACGACAGUCAGAGUAACGAUGCCCCAACUAUCCGUGCAGCGAAGCACCUUCAACGACGGCUGCGUUACCAUGAGCAUAUGCUGCAGGGGCUGCAACACCGCUCGGUAUCAAACAAAGCACGACUCAUGAACGAAAUUCAGCUAGCAUUCAACACAGUUGCUCAGUACGACUCAGGAGUAUCAGUUCAGAUUGGUCGCGCAGCACAAAUGGAUAGCGAGGCGAUGAAAACUAUCUCCUUCCUGACCUUAACCUUCCUGCCCGCCACGUUCAUAUCCGCUAUUUUUAGCACGUCAUUCUUCAAUUACAAUGGCGGUUCUGAAGAGUGGUCGGUCUCCAAAAAGUUCUGGCUUUAUUGGGCGGUCGCCAUCCCCAUUACCGUCAUCACUUCCGUGCUUUGGUACUGGUGGCCGAGGAUAUUUCGACCCAACCUGGUGGGCGACGAAGAUGGAGACGGGCAAAGUAGAUAUUCAGAGGAAAACUUGGUCAAGGAAAAAGGAAAGGGUGACAUUGAGAGCGGAGCAUGA